ACACAAUGCACUGAGUGUGUCAGUUUGAUUUCAGCUGCACUGAAGGAGGAUUUCUGUGUGUGUGCGCGCGCGCGUGUGUGUGUGUGUGUGGGGAUCAAAGGAGCAAAUUGGGCAAUUUUCUCGUUUUUCACACUUUGUCUAGCCUGCCUGUACACCUCCCGUCGAGGAUUUCAUUUCAUUUUUGGGGUUUUGUGUGUGUGUGUGUGUGUGUGUAAUUGACCCCCCCUGCCGCCCCUUCCCCUCGCCUGGCUGCACUCAUCAUCCUUACAGCCGACCUGGGCGCGGGGCGCGGUGGGGGCUGCUCGGCGCGCCUCGGCUGACAUUUGUAACCCGACAUGAGCGCACAGACAGCCGGCAGCGGGGCUCUUCGGUCGCCGUCGGCCCGGAUGGUGUGCUUGUGGCUGGCCCUGCUGGGGCUGGCGGUGGGCUCCGGGGACCCGUGGCUGCCCACCGAGGCAUGCCAGUCCUCCUGCGCCUGCACCAACACCAGAAUCUCCUGCGUGGACCCGGAGAGGGGCAUCGCCGCCUUCCCCAUCCUGCAGAGCGAGGCUGAGAUGGAGAACAUCACAGACAUCUACAUCGCCAACCAGAGCAGCUUCUCGUCCAUCAACGACAAGGACCUGCACGACUACAAGAACCUCAGAAACCUAACGGUGACCAACAGCAGGCUGACGUACGUCUCCAAGUUGGCCUUUCAGAACAACGUCAAAUUACAAUACCUGAAUCUGAAAGAUAACAACCUGUCAUCGCUGUCCUGGACCUUAUUCCGACACCUCAACAUCUCUUACAUGAUCCUGACAGGAAACCCACUGCACUGUUCCUGUGAGAACAUGUGGAUCAAGCUGUGGCUGGGAGAGGAGGCGGACACCCAGGAGCUGCGCUGCAUCGAGGACGGCGGAGGACGCAGCCCGCUGUCCAGACUUCGACUCUCCAACUGUGAGCUUCCCAUGGCGACGCUGAUGUCGUCCAAAGUGACCGUCAUGGAGGGCGAGAACAUCCAGCUGUCCUGCGCCACCUCGGGUGUGCCUUCGCCCGACCUCAUCUGGAACACGGCGCUCGUCACCAGCUCUGAGAUCGAGAGAUCGGGCCAGAGCUCCGUGCUACACUUGUCCAACUUGUCAUCGUUGGACCACAACAGCAAGAUCAGCUGCACUGCAGAGAACAUCGUCGGCGAGAAAGAGGCCUCGCUGCUGUUGGACAUACUGUUUCCUCCCAAUAUCACCAAGUUGAGCGACGCUAUCCCGGACCACCACUGGUGCAUCCCCUUUAGUGUGGCAGGCAACCCAGAACCUCAGAUGCAGUGGUUUCUGAACGACAAAGCGGUGACCGAGGACAAAUUCAUCAAGACCAUGAUCUAUGACGUGACGGAGCGCGAGUAUCACGGCUGUCUGCAGCUGGACAGCCCCACGCACCUCAACAACGGCCUCUACACGCUGGUGGCCAAGAACGAGUACGGAACAGACCGGAAGCGGGUCGAGGCCCACUUCAUGCGCAAACCCUGGGACGGUGAGGAGUCACACUUGACAGCAGGAACUGAGAAAGAAUCCUACUACUACGACUUCCCCAUAGAUGGCCCCACUGCAGACCCACCAGAGGACAGAGUCGCCGUGUACGUGGUGGUGGGGAUUGCCGCCGUUGCCUUCUUCGGUUUCCUGAUUAUGUUGGCCAUCCUCAAGUUUGGGGGCAACUCCAAGUUCGGCAUCAAAGGGCCGUCCUCGGUCAUCAGCAACGACGACGACUCUGCCUCGCCGCUCCACCACGUCUCCAACGGCAGCAACACGCCGUCGUCCUCCGAGAUGGGUCCCGACGCCGUCAUCAUCGGCAUGACCAAAAUCCCGGUCAUCGAGAACCCUCAGUACUUCAGGAGCUCAAACAGCUUGCUCAAGACGGACACCUUUGUCCAGCACAUCAAGAGACACAACAUCGUGCUGAAGAGGGAGCUGGGAGAGGGCGCCUUCGGCAAAGUCUUCCUCGCCGAAUGUUACAACCUGUCACCUGACCAGGAGAAGAUUCUGGUGGCUGUCAAGACUCUUAAAGAGGCCAGCGAAAAUGCCCGGAAGGACUUCCAUCGUGAGGCCGAGCUGCUGACCAACCUUCAGCACCAGCACAUCGUCACCUUCUACGGCGUGUGCGUGGAGAGCGACCCCCUCAUCAUGGUGUUCGAGUACAUGAAACACGGAGACCUCAAUAAGUUCCUCAGGGCUCACGGUCCGGAUGCGGUUCUCAUGGCAGAAGGCCAGACCACCAGACCGGUGGAGCUGACACAGUCGCAGAUGCUACACAUCGCUCAGCAGAUCGCGUCUGGAAUGGUCUACUUGGCGUCACAGCACUUUGUGCACCGCGACUUGGCCACCAGGAACUGCCUGGUGGGUGAGAAUCUGCUGGUGAAAAUCGGAGACUUUGGCAUGUCCAGAGACGUCUACAGCACUGACUACUACAGGGUAGGUGUGGGAGGUCACACCAUGUUGCCAAUCCGCUGGAUGCCCCCCGAGAGCAUCAUGUACAGGAAGUUCACCACAGAGAGUGACGUCUGGAGUCUGGGUGUGGUCCUCUGGGAGAUCUUCACCUACGGCAAACAGCCCUGGUACCAGCUCUCCAAUAACGAGGUGAUCGAGUGCAUCACUCAGGGCAGGGUGCUGCAGCGCCCCAGGACCUGCCCCAAAGAGGUGUACGACCUCAUGCUGGGCUGCUGGCAGAGGGAGCCGCACAUGAGACUCAACAUCAAGGAGAUCCACGGCCUGCUCCUCAACCUGGCCAAAGCCUCGCCCGUCUACCUGGACAUUCUGGGAUGAACGCAACGAGGGGUGAAGAAGAGCCGUACCGGAUGUGAAAACAACUUUUAAAGGCAAUCGAAAAAAUGAAAAAUGAAAAACAAUCCCCCAAACACCUCCUUCCGCUAUUUCCCAUUUCAUCUUUCCUGGAAAAAGCUCCUUUUGGAACGCUUUGCUGGACUUAACGGACUGACUCAGUUCUACAAGGAACGCUUCGUGGCGCUUUUCCAUGUAAAUACGAGACCGGAGGAAGGUUUGUCGUUGUGUGUGAGGAUUUGGCUCCAUGUGAUAUGGAGCCUCAAUGACACUGUGUUACCACCUCCCCUCCAUUAAUCAACCAACCCUCUACACACACGCGCACGCACACACACGCGCAUACCAUCUCAUCAUUCAAUGUCAGCCCUCAAGAAAUGAAGAUUAGGGAUGGACAGUCGAAGAAAUUUGCUUGAUCCAACUUUGGAUUUAUUCCUUUAAAAAAUGCUCAAGUCAAUAUUUUCAAUUGUAUAUAUUUUUAGAUAUUUAAUUUGUAUGUGAUUAAUUUGUACCUUACGCACACGUGCUCAGCACAUGUCAACGUUCGCCCAACAAAGUGUGCUAAAAGAAAACAUUUUUUGGGAAACUGGCAAGUAACUAUCAUGUAUUCUUUUUUUUUUUUAUUUAAUGAUAUUACAAAUAUUUUAAUGUUACAGAUUGUUUAUAUAUUUAUUUUUGUAUUUUAUUUGAUUUAUUUUUAUUUUUUUUCUCUUUUUUUUCUUCUUAUUAAUGACGGUAGAAACUACCGAAGAAACAACACUGAAGGAUCUACCCAAGAAAACAAAAUCCGGAAACGCCGACCAGACAGGAAUAGCAAGCUGAGGCUCAGAGCGAAAGCACUUGCUUCGCACUCUCCUUAAUUAAGUACGAGCUCGUCAACUUCUGAAAGCAGUUGUGUCGCUAAAAUACAUUAAGGCAGUGCAAAAGUAGCGACGCGUUAUCUUCGCCGGCCCACGGAACCUCACUCUGUUCAUUUCCUGUUGAUCUUUUCACGGCAUGACUGAACUGCUCGGCCUGCUAUAAUCAUUGUGUUGUUACACUUUUUUUAAUAGAGGGGAAUAUGAUGACCGGCCGAAAACCGACCCCCACCCGCAUUUAAAAAAAAAAAAAAAAAAAAAAAAAAGGAACAGAUGCUGGUGUCGGGGGUCGAUUGAUUGACGCGGCAACGGCUGCGCCACGUUCACGGCUAAAGGGGUCGUUGCAGACGGGGGGGCUUUAAGCUAGUUCUAAAAACGAAAUCUCGAAGUAACUGUCAUAAAAUAAUAAACAAAAUGCUUCCAAUAUAUAAUAAGGACAAUAUUACAGGGAGUCCAGGCAGCAAAGCUUUUUUUCCCCGUGGUUUCUGUUUCCGACACAAGUAGAAUGGGACACUUUAAUACAUCAUUUUUGUUUAAAUAAUGCAACAAAUGUUGUCAACUUUAUAUAUUUACUUGAUAACAAAGCUCUCAGACGUCGCGAGAGACACGUGGCAGGUGCGGUUCUUCUGGUCAACUCAUAUUAAAUGCUCAGGCCUCUUAACAUUCAGACAUGCUUCAAAACUGUGUGUGCGCGUGUUACACAAACUGUUUACCUUAUCUUUACACGCGCGCACACACACAUUCGCUGAAAGACACUCACGCCGGUCCGAGUAGGAAAUUGAAUUGUGCAUGUUUUAUUAUUUGAGCGCUGCAGUCCUCUGUAAUGGUGUAAUGUAUAUUUCAUUACGGGGCCUAAUGGGCUCCAUUAGCGCGGGCCUCCUCGCAGACAUUCAAGACUUAUUGUUUUAUGGCGCAGAGGGGAAAGGGGAAAGGACGGCGGGGAGGGAUGAAGGGGAACGCGGUGGGGGGAAUGGAGAGAGGAGUCGAGGGAGGAAAAGCUUGAAGCCAAGAUGCUGGAGUGGAGGAGCGAGGGUGGGGGUGUGAUUGCGCGAGUGACCUCGGGGAGUCGGUGAGCGUGAGCGGCCAUCAUUUCACAACACGCACACGCCGGGAUACACCGGGAUUAGGCAAAGCAUUUUUGUUUUGUUUUGGGGAAACUGCUCGGAAUUGAUCCCCCCCAUCCAAAAAGUCCUAAAGGACAGGAGUGGAGAGCCAGACAGUGAUUGGUAAGAAAAAAGAAAGUUCUGUAACAUUGUAUUGUAUUUGCAAUUCAUUUAUCUCAUUAAAUCAUUGCUUGACUGACUCAUACAUUACUAAAUGUUGGUAAAAUAAACUGUUUUCUCUAUACAAUUACUAAUAUACAAUUGACAUUAAUGAAUAAUCUAAAUUUAAAGUAAGUACAAAUUAUUUUUCUUUUUUUUUUUUAAAUGUACAUGUGCCCACCCCUGCUAUACACACACACCCACACACACAUACGCGCGCGCACACACAAACACGGCCACCUGCAUGCAACUACGAGUCACACUGUAAAUACAACAUGCAUUUUUUUCCCCCCCCCAAUUAUUUUUUUUAAAAUUCCUUAACUGUAAAGGGCAAAAACAAGCAUCAAAUCAUAGCCUCGUCCAUAUUGUGUCCAAAACCGUCAUGUAGUAAUAAUUCUAGCGAUGAUGAUAAUGAUAAUAUGAUGUGGAACGAGAGGUUCUCACUUCAUUUCAUGACAGCAGCACUUGAUGGUAUUCAUGUUUGUGAACUUGACUUGAUGAAUUGUUUCACUGAGUUGGCUUGUAGUCAUUUGGUUUAUAUACAUAUAUACAAACAAAUAUGUAUAUAUGCAUAUAAUAUAAUCAUAGAGAAUAUUUCGAGGCAUUUUGUACUUUUUUUUUUUUUUCUAUGGUUGCCUUCUGCAGACGUGGAAACUGAUGAAGGCUUUCAAUGCUUUUCAACGUGUUCAAGUGUUAAGUAUAAGCCCCGGCCAAUCACAGCCUCUCUGGGCAAUGUUGAAGGCAGAAUGCAUGCUGGGUAAAAAACAUAAAAAUCCCCCCCCCCCCACACACACAAAAAGAGAAGUCAGAUAGACUCCACUGCUUUGUUAUUUACAGUAUGCAAAGUGUAAAAGUGUAAGGGCCAGAUGUAGGUUUUUGGUUAUUUGUGUAUGAGUCAGCAACUUGUUGAUACUAAUCUGUGUGAAAAUAUGGAUGGAGGAAUUUCUUUUCUUUUUUUUCUCUUUUUUUUUUCAUGUCACAAUGGAUUGUUCCCCCUAGAGUCCGGUCUGUCGUUUCCUGAUGUCUUACAUCGUUUUCCAUGAACCGGGAAGUAUCUGGCAACCUAACGAAAUACAUUUUAGUCACAAAGAACAUGCCCCUCGCCUCACCUUGGAAUAAAAAAAAAAUGUAAAAAAAAUGGUACGGUCCUGUCCUCAACCAGGAAGUAGCCUGCUUGCCUACGAACGGACAAAAAUGCAAAAUGGCUCUCUGGGAUUUUUGGCUUUGUUUGUUUUCUCUUUCACUUUAGUGAACUGUCCAGCCUUGGCAGAGGUCUGCGCUCUGCCGAGUGACAUUAUGUUUUGAAUAAGUUGUUUCUAUCCAAUGGACAAAGGGGACAAUGGCGCUGUUUUGAGUCAAGACAAUUAUAGAGGCGAUAACUUCUGUAUGAACGGAGGGAGUGACAAUCAAAGACUUUGGACUUUCUCUCUUCUUCAAGUGGCCUACUGUACCAUAAACUCCUUUUUCUCUUCUAUGCUGCCUAUAAUGUACGUGUACGUCUCUAGAAGUGCUUCUUUUUCUUCUUUUCUUUUUGUAAAACGGAAAAACAAAGUGGCGAUGAAUGAACAAGAACAAAAAAAUUGGAUAUAAAUGUGACUAAGCUGCCGAAAGAAACCAAGAGUUGCUCACUAUGUCUGA